CCGUAGGCAACUACGGCAUGCUGGAGUAUAUAUGGGACAGUGGUGGCCAUCAGCCGGCACACUCUCAGUCGCUCCGACUCGGGAACCAGAGCAUCAGCGGAGAUAGCAAGGCUUUACUUCGCCCUCUCAGGCUAACUCGCUUUGGGCUUUGGUUCAGGAUGGACAACUCUUCUAUUUCUCGGAGCCGACGAAGCUCCAUCAUGCGCAACUGCAGAAACGGUCUCUCCCUCUGGCUGGUGGUCUGGCUGAUCCUCGGCAAGCCAAAUCCGGCGUCGGCGUGUCCGCACCACUGCGUGUGUUACCCGACGCCCAUGACUGUGAGCUGCCAGGCGCAGAACUUCACCGCCGUCCCCGUGGGAGUGCCGUACGAGUCCCAGCGCGUGUUCCUCCAGAACAACCGGAUUACGGAGCUCAGAGUUGGCUCUUUUGGCUUCGGAACUCAGGUUCUGUGGCUGUUCUCCAACAACAUCACUUGGAUUGAGGCAGGUGCUUUCAGUGAGCUGAGGGACUUGGAGGAGUUGGAUCUGGGAGACAACCCCGGACUUCACAGGCUUGAGGGUGGAGCUUUCCGCGGCCUUGAGAAGCUCCAGAGCCUCCACAUGCACCGCUGCCGGCUCACUGCCCUGCCCCAUGACAUCUUCCACAAGCUUUACAGCCUACAGUUCCUCUACCUGCAGGAAAACAACCUUCACUUCCUGCAAGAUGACAUCUUUUCUGACCUCAUCAACCUGAGCCAGCUGUUUCUCCAUGGCAACCGGAUCCGAACCCUCUCAGAGAACGUGUUCCGUGGCCUGGUCAACCUCGACCGGCUUCUCCUCCAUGACAACCGAAUCCGUCAGGUGAACCGCCGCGCCUUCCGCGAUCUGGGCCGCUUGACGAUGCUUUUCCUCUUCAACAACUCCCUGGCCGAGCUGCCAAGCCAGACCCUGAGGGACACCCAGGGCAUCGAGUUCCUCCGCCUCAAUGCCAACCCCUGGUCCUGCGGCUGUGAGGCCCGUGCCCUGUGGGAGUGGUUCCGUGAGGCCCGCGUCUCAUCAUCCGAGGUGAUCUGUGCCUCUCCUUCCAUCCGCCGUGGCCAGGAUCUUCGCUUCCUCAGAGAGAUGGACUUCGCCCUCUGCCCCCUGCCUGACCCUGGCUCCAUUGCUGGCUCCACCACCACCACCUUCAGCACCAAGACCCGCUGGUGGUUCCACAAAAACAAGCCCCAGUCCUCCACAAAAGGCAUCUUUGAGAAGUCGUCAGAGACUGUCAAGGCUGGCUUGUAUGGAAAAGGUCCUUCUACAACCACUUCGGUGGUCAAGUAUGAAUUGGCGGAUGAAGAGCUGGCUCUGCCCAAACUUGACCCUGAAGAGUACUGGGCAAACUACGGCAAUGAAGAACCAGGUGUCUCAGUGCGGUGCUUUGAGCUCGAAUGUCCACCUGAGUUUGAUUUGCCUCCAUCUUCCUCUCCUCCCAGAUCAUCCUCACCCUCUUUACUCUCUCUACUAGCCCUCUCUGUGUUCACCAUCUGCCUCCACCUACUAUUUGGCUGAAUUGAACUCUUAGUGCCACACCCCUUCCCUUCCAGCCUGUUUUAGAGGCUGAAGGAACCCUGUUAGACUCUUUAUACCCCCUUUGCCCACUCUGCUGUCAGGUAUUCCUCAAGGAACAGCAUGGGAGAUUGGGGGAAUGGCUAGAUUCUUAAUCUACCACCUAUAGGGCUUAACACUUAUUCAGGGCUGCUAAGAGUUCUUCAUCUACAAUCAUCUACAAUGAUCAACAGGUAUGGCUUUCUGUGCCUUACCUGCAUUGCGACUCCCUGUGAGCAGGGCUACGAGGGCUGAGUCCAUCACCAGUAAGAAGGCAAUUUGAUAGCAGUUGUGUACGAUGUUGUCAAUUCUGUCAUCUCAACUUUAGUCAAUACUACUAGUGCUAUUACUGCAUCCAGCUACCUGGCUGCUAUGAAUACUACGAUUACUGUUAGAAACAGUGUACAGUAAUUACACUACUGUAACCACUUAAAGUGUCAUGUAAAUAGGUUUGUGUUGUGCGAGUGUUCAGGCUGACUUUGUGGUCCAGCACAAUCACUUUUCAUUUGGAUCCAGGAAAACUGUGAAGGCUUGUGCCUCUACUUGACAGAGCACCAUGCACAGUGAAGCAGGGAAGAGAUAGGAGCACAAAAAUACUGUGAAGACAAAGACGACAGAGGGGAAUCCAAGAUGACAGGGACAGCAGACGGGAGGGAGGGAGAGUGUUUGAGCAGCAAUAAGAGUGGGAGAAGAAGGUCAGUGCUGGCAGUAGAAGCAGCAACCUGCAGGAGAUAAGUAAUAAAUCUGGUUCACCUGUAGUCCUCCAUUCGCCACCCUCUGUAAAUAUGGUGUUGUUUAGCGACAACCACAUGGAGAGAAUGCUUUCUUUCGGAAAGCUGGAGAUUUUUGAUUUUGGAUGUCUUUCUGUGACAUAUUGAUAUAAUGUGUGAUGAUUGUUAACUUGAAUGCCAAUGAAUGAUCUUGAUAUAAAAGAUAUACUGAAUAUUUCCUGCAUCAUGCCUCUCUUUGAUGAAUAUCUUCUAAGUGGAGGGGUUUUUCUUUUUGUGGGCCGUUGGUGACUUUGAAGCAAUAUGAAUGUGGGAGAGAAUAUGGUAAAUCAAAAAUAUAAGAUACAAACAAAAGUAGCAGAUUGCUGUUGGGUGACAAAACCGUGACUAAAGAGCUUGUGGACCUAAAGAACUGAGCACACAGUCACAUGGGCAGCGCUGGCUAUGACAGGCAUCUGUGAGUUGCAUCAAAGGCAAUGAAUGGAUUCACAAGUUGGCAACUCUGCAAAGGCAAAUACGUCACUAGAUUUAGCACUUCACUGACUCACCAAGGGGUUGCGCCAAACGGACAGACGAGGUGUAAAUUGGAUGCUUUUUGUGAGCAAACUAAGAGAGCAACACAGGAAUCCGGAGCCAGUAAUUUAAGACUCCCUUGCAGCUGGCGGAGAUUAGGCUUUCCAAAAAAGUCAAGUUCAGCAGGGGAUUCUGAGGCUGCAAGACAUUUUGAUCAA